AAAAUAUCUUAGAAGAUGGACAAUCCAAAGAAUUAGGACAAACUAAUGUUAUUUGUCAUGAAAUCAAUACAAAUAACUACCAACCUAUCAAACAAAGAGCUUAUCAAUACCCUCCAGAUAAACAAGACUUUCUUCAAAAAGAAAUUCAAGCAAUGGAAGAAAAGAGAAUUAUCAGAGAAUCUUUUGGAUCAUG